AUGCAGUCAGUGGUCAGUCCUCGGUUCGACCAAAAUCCUAUGUCACGGAAAACCCACGAUCAUACACUAGAAGGGUCACCAGUGUUCAUUCUUAAGCAGUGGUCGCGCCGUAACUGCAUUUGUCGGUCUCCAUCAUCUCCCGCGGCUCGUCAACUUGCGGCCGAAUUGGACGAAUUACGUCGAUUAGGUAAUGAGUCACAAGGGAAUCAAGUUUAUACAACGGCGAGUCUACCCAGAGGAUUGGGUCAUAAGGCGUCGUCAACUUUGGCACUCCCCACGAAGAAGUACUCGAUGACAACGAGCGGAUCGGCCGUGGAGUCAGACGACGAAGUCGCUCGAGGCGGAAGAGCUACCGCCACAUCGUCUCGGGCUUCCGACGAAAAACCUCUCAAACGGGAUCGAACGCGAUCGUCAAUACGAAAUCUGUUUAUGAGGUUAACUCGAAGUACAUCACAGGACCAAAAUGGUGGAACCAUGCUCAAGAAGAGUGGUACUUCUCGUUGUCGGUCUCCAUCAUCUCCCGCGGCUCGUCAACUUGCGGCCGAAUUGGACGAAUUACGUCGAUUAGGUAAUGAGUCACAAGGGAAUCAAGUUUAUACAACGGCGAGUCUACCCAGAGGAUUGGGUCAUAAGGCGUCGUCAACUUUAGCGCUCCCCACGAAGAAGUACUCGAUGACAACGAGCGGAUCGGCCGUGGAGUCAGACGACGAAGUCGCUCGAGGCGGAAGAGCUACCGCCACAUCGUCUCGGGCUUCCGACGAAAAACCUCUCAAACGGGAUCGAACGCGAUCGUCAAUACGAAAUCUGUUUAUGAGGUUAACUCGAAGUACAUCACAGGACCAAAAUGGUGGAACCAUGCUCAAGAAGAGUGGUACUUCUCGGUCCGCAUCAUCUGUCCGUUUCACAAGCGAUCCACUGGCGGGUGGUGUGGAACUAUUCCCAACAUCAUCACAGUUUGUCGAUUGGAAAUCGGAGCAAUUAGCAGAAUGGAUGGGAGAAAUUGGCUUUGCUCAAUAUGUGCCGGAAGUAUUAAAGUAUGUUCGAUCGGGACGACAUUUUCUUAACAUGAACAGCCACGAGUACGAAAUGGUCCUUGGUAUUAAAAAUCCUCUCCACCGGAAACGUCUCAAUUUAUUAUUACGUCGAAUUGAAAACGACGCGAGCAACGUGGCCGGUGACUGGGACAUACAAAAGACACAGAAAUGGCUGGAAGACAUUGGCCUCCCACAGUACAAAGAAGUUUUCUGUGAAAACUUGAUUGACGGGUUGAUGUUUUCCGCGCUCACGGCGGCCGACCUGGUUGAGAUGCGGGUACUUAACGCUCAUCACUUUUUAUGUAUAUGUAGAAGUAUUCAGUACCUGAAAAUGGUUGACUUUAAAACUGAUUACAUGGUGCGAACUUUUGACGAAUCGAUCGUGACAAGUUAUCCGAAACCUGAAGCUGUCGUUCAUUGGACUCAUGCAGCAACGUGUGAAUGGUUACGAAAGAUUGAUCUGGCCGAGUUCACGCCAAAUAUGCUGUGUGCUGGUACACCGGGAGCUCUCAUGGUGGGUACCUACGGUUUACGAGCCAACAUUCACGCUGAAACGUUGGCAGAAAUCCUUCAAAUGCCACCGCACAAAACCCUAUUACGACGGCAUCUCACGACACACUUUAAUCAGUUACUAGGACAAAAAAUUGUUGCUGAAAAGAGGGAUGCCUUAGCAGUGGGCGGACUAACUCAGCUUGUUCCCGGAAUAAGAAUUAAGGUCACGAAGAGGGGUCUGUCGUUGUCACGUAAGAAAUCCAAAUCAGAGCUAUGGAUUGAACCGAACGAGUUGUUAUGUCCAGAAGCUCUCACGCACAAAUAUCCAUCUAUAAAUCAGACGUGA